UCUACAUAUUUUAUAUAUAUAUAUAGAGACCCAAUUCGGACGCAUACAAAAUGGGUUUCUUAAGUAAGGUGAAAAUGGAGGGGCAGAGAAGAUCGUUGGCAGUGCAAAUGGAGAGGCCGAGGACUCAGAACCCAGAUUGGCUUGCCUGCAGGGUCAUGACUGACGACCAAGUUGAGCAACUCCGGAAGCAGAUCGCUGUCUACGGCGUCAUCUGUGAGCAGCUUGUUAAUAUGCACAAGGAGUACACUGCACAACAUCAUGAUCCUUCUGGAAUGAAGGUGGGAAGCGUGUAUGGCGAUUUGAUGGCAUUUGGUGGCAACAAGGUAACUGCAAGGCAGCGGUGGACGCCAUCAAAUAUGCAGCUUGAAAUUCUUGAGCGUAUCUAUGAUGAAGCCAAUGGAACUCAUGGAAAGCACAGGGUCAAAGAGAUAACCAUGGAACUCUCACAGCAUGGCCAAGUUACUGAAACUAAUGUUUACAAUUGGUUCCAGAACCGAAGAGCUCGUUCAAAGAGAAAGCAAUCGGUGUCAACACAGAACAUUAAAGAUUCAGAUAUAGAGCCCGAGGUUAUAUCUCCUAAGGAUAAGAAGACAAAACCAGAAGACAUGUACUUUCAAAGUCCCGAAUCAGGUAUUGACAAAGUUGUCUGAAUAGAUGCACAGACAUAGAAAAGAAUUCAUGUUUCCUUCACAUUGUAGCAUAAUAUUUUAGCAGUUUGAGCCUUAGGAGUUAAAGAGUAUCAUUUGGACAAGUACUGAUCUAAAUCUACUGCUCUUUUUUU